AUGUCAGCAGGUGAUAGAGACACUGACACCAGUCUAAUCAACAGCUGGCGAUCAAUUGUCACACUACUCGUUUUCGUUCUUACAAACGUCGUUGUCCUUUUCCCCUUUCACAUAUCCAUAUACAUCCCGCGGUUAUUUUUGGACGUAGUACUCGUUGCCUUGAGCUACUUGCGAGUUAUAUUGCCCAGGCAUGACCGCACCCAUCAUGGAUCUCAAGGUACAACUCAUGGAAAUGGUGAUAAUGGCGAAGUCAAGCGCUUCUGGGUGCCCCUGAGAUUACCUAUGAACUUUGUGACGGCCCCAUUGAUAGCAGAUCUCUUCCUGCUUGCCAUCAGGGCUAUCGGUCGAAAGGAAGUCCACGACGGCACCAUAGGGACCGAAGGCAUCUCCCCGCUCGAUAUCAUGGCAUUCUUCAUCACUCUGGCAUAUAUCGCUAUUUCGAUUGAUGCAUCUGGUCUCAUCAGGUACCUAGCAUUCAAGGUAUUGCAGAAAGGAGGUAAAUUUGGGCGUAGACUGUUCUUGUACCUCUGUAUCUUCUUCUUCAGCCUGGGCAGUUUCAUCGGCAACGACCCCAUCAUCCUGUCCGGCACAGCAUUCCUCGCCUACAUGACACGAGUAUCGAGCAACAUCAUCCACCCAAGGGCGUGGAUAUACUCGCAAUUCGCUGUGGCCAAUAUUGCAUCGGCGAUCCUCGUCUCCUCCAACCCGACCAACCUCGUCCUCGCUGGUGCCUUCAACAUCAAGUUCAUCGACUACACCGCAAAUAUGAUUGUACCCGUCAUCAUCACCGCCAUUGUGCUGUUCCCCGUUUUGUUGUUCAUUGUCUUUGCAGAUGAGUCUCUGAUCCCUCGCGUGAUCAAGAUGCACGAGCUGUCUGAUGAAGCGAAGGCUAAGGAGCCCGUAAACCCCAACAUCCCCCACGGCCGAGGAAAUGACGCAGAACUGGAGAAGGAAAUGGCAAACAACGAACAGGGCAAGCUCCUCUCCCUUGAGGAAAUCAUGAAUCCCUUUCUGGACAAAGGAGGUGCUAUUUUUGGCGCCGUUAUCAUGGCUGCGACACUCAUCACGCUUCUCGCGCUCAACGCCGCUAGCCAAGCGACCGGGGAGCACCCCGUCUUCUACGUUACCUUGCCAGCCGCCUUCGUUAUGUUCUGCUGGGAUGUUGCAUUCGGAUGGCACAAUCGGCGUAAGACGCGCGGUAUUGCUCGCAAGGGCCGACAGGAGGUUGAAAAUGCUCGAGCCGAACGAGCGAUGCGAGAGGAGGAGCAAGCAAAGCGCGCGGCCCUAGAGCAAGUGAAAGCAUACGAUCCCGAUCUGAUGCGAACGCAUUCUCCGAAAAUUCCAUCGCCAAACCAAGACGGUACCAAUGGAGGUCACGACAACAGCCUUGAGCUAUUUGUGGUAAACGCCAAUGAGGGAAUUCCGUCAAGUGGAGAGGUGGAAGAAAAACAGCGAAUGUCCUAUGGGCAAGAGACAGAUGUUGAGAGUCCGCAGGAGCGUCCACGGGCAACGCUUGUAUCGCUCUUCGCGGAUGCGUACAGAUGGUCACAAGAGACGUUCCCAACUGUUACGGCAGUGGUGGCUCAUCUACCAUUCGCUCUUGUCCCGUUUGCCUUUGCCAUGUUCGUCCUGGUGCAAGCCUUAGUGACUAAGGGCUGGGUGCCGGUAUUCGCUUACGGCUGGGAUCAUUGGGUGACCAAGACAGGAACAAUCGGGGCUGUUGGUGGUAUGGGGUUCCUCUCUGUGGUUCUUUGCAAUUUCGCAGGUACCAACAUUGGAACCACCAUCCUCCUCUGUCGUGUGAUACAAGCAUGGACCGAUAUUCAUGCCGAAAACCAGAUCCCCAUCUCCGAUCGGACAUUCUGGGCGACAGUGUACGGCAUGGCGCUCGGUGUCAACUACGGUGCCUUCAGUGCGGCCUUCUCGGCGUCACUGGCCGGUCUACUAUGGCGUGAUAUCCUGUCCAGGAAGCACAUUCACGUCAAGAGACUCGACUUUGUGCGAGUAAACCUUCCUAUCAUUGCUAUUGCCAUGACAGUCGGCUGUGCGGCCCUCGUUGGCGAGGUGUAUAUUAUCAGAGACAAUAGCCCUUUCCAUCUAUGA